GUUGCUCAAAACUUGACAAGUUACCAGAGGAGUUGGGGAAUAUGGGAAGCUUAAAAGAGCUUCUUGCAGAUGGAACUUCUAUAAAACAACUACCCUUCUCCAUUGGACAUUUCAAGGACCUAAAAUCCUUAUCCAUAGGUGGGUUUAAAGGAUCACCACCUAAAUAUUGGCAUUCUUUCUUCCCAUCUUGGGGCUCAAAGAGUAAGGUUCCCAAUUCCAUCAGCAUACUUCCUGCUUCUUUCUCGCUUUUACGCUCCUUAAAAUCCCUCAUUUUGAAGGGCUGCAAUUUAUCAGAAGGGGCAAUUCCUUGUGAUCUUGGAACCUUGUCCUCUCUAGAAGAGUUAGAUCUUGGCUACAACAAUUUUUGUAGCCUACCUGCCAACAUUAGUCAUCUUUCUCAUCUCCGGAAACUUCGGUUGCGGAAAUGCAGAAUGCUUCAAUCAAUUCCGGAGCUUCCAUCAAAUUUAGAGAUAUUGUAUGUGGACGGUUGCCCAUCAUUGCAAAGUUUGCCAGAUCUUAGUAGCUUAUCGUCAUUGUUUGAAUUGGAUUUAGGCUAUAAUAAUUUUUUGACCCUACCAUCUAGUAUCAGUGGUCUUUCUCAGCUUGUUUACCUUAAAUUAGACCACUGUACAAGGCUCCAAUCAAUUCCAGAACUUCCGUCAAGCGUGUGGAACUUGAACCUAGAAGGUUGCACAUCAAUGGACAGAUUAUCAAAUUUGUCAAAUCUAAAGGAAUUGCCAGACUUGAUGCUCAGGAAUUGUGACAAGAUAGUAGAGAUUCAAGACUUGGAGAAACUGGAAAUGGUUCGAUCCAUUCACCUUGAAGGGUGCAACAAUCUGUCAGAUGCUUUUAAGCAGAGUGUCCUACAGGCAUUGCCAAAAGGUGGUGAGCUCAACAUCUUUCUUCCUGGAUGUGAAAUACCAGAGUGGUUCAUUCAUCGGAGUCAGGGAUCUUCAAUGUCUUUUGAGGUGCCUCCACUUUCAGAUUAUAAGAUCCAAAAACUAAUUCUUUGUGCUGUUUAUGCGGCAGAAGAGCUUUACACAGAGGACGAGGAGUUUGCAGAUUCUGCUUUCCUUAAUGUCAAUAACAAAACCAAGAGUAUUAAGUGGAGAUACAGUCCAACAGCUGCUGGAAUCCUAACUGUCCCCCAAGAUCACAUGUGGGUUGGAUGUAUACCAGCUACCGAGUUUGGUAAUCUGUUGGGGGAUGGAGAUGAGGUGGAGGUUUCAAUAGAAAUGGAGAAACCAAUCAAAGUGAAGAAGUGUGGGAUCCAUCUAGCUAUUGGUCCAUAUGAAGAGUGUUCUGAGUCAGAUGAUCAAGUGAGGAUCCAAUACAAUUCUUCUUCAGAAGACGAUGUCGAUACGGAUGGAAAUAUAUCAAUGGUAGAUAAUAGAGGGGCUAAGAGAAUCCGUGAUGAGAUGUGUCCCAGUAGCUCCUGGUCUGAUGAGGACCAAGAUCCAAAGUGGCUGACUGAUGAGGGAGAGGGAGGAGGCUACAGUAGUUAUUUUAAGCUCUUCCCAAAAGGAUUCUUGAAAAAAAUAUAUGGUGAAGGAUCAAUUAAAAAGAAAAAGUGAAAAGAGUCCUCCAACCUUUAUAAUCUCUACACUUGAAUAAAGAUUGUAACUGUUUAUCAAGACAAAAUAGAUAGUGAGCACUGGUUAUAAUUAAGCUUAUUUUGUGAUAUGAUUUACUUCA